AUGGAUUCAGAUCAGUUUCUGGAGAUGAACGGAGGGGACGAUGAGGAUGAGGCUCUCAGGCGAGCCAUCGCCCUCUCCAUGCAAGGUGCAGCAGAUUCAGAGGUUGCGGCUCCAGAACAGGCCAAGGAUGGCCAAGGCUACAUCGACCUCACGUCGUCGCCGCCCACCGAGCCAGUCCGGGUGCAGAAGAAAGAGGAAACCACCGCACCACCUGCGGCCUCGUCGAUGAUGGGCCUUGACCGGAAACGCAUGGAAGAGGAACGGCUGGCCCGGCUUCAGAAGCGCAAGGCUGCAGAUUCCUCCGUCGCGGACGCAGCUCCGCAGCCGCCUGCAAAGCGGCCGGCCCCAUCUGGGGACCGGGCCCACGAUAGAGUUUACCGCCCUUCCCUCUCCGAAACAACAAAUAAGGCUGAAGCCGCACGCACGUCCAGAGAGCCGCCUGAGACACAUCGUCUUGAUGAUCAACGGGAACGCCCCGAAACUCAAAAGAGCAGACCUUCUAUCGCAAUAGCUACGGCAAAAUCAGGGGAUGAAGCGCUGCCAUUUCCCCAGGGGAUCGUCAAGAAGACAUGGGCUUACGGCGUUCCUCGGAACGGGGAUGAUAUCAAAAUCGAGGAAGUGCUACGGGCCAAGGAUCUGGAGCUCGCAGUCCUCAGUUCUUUCCAGUGGGACGAAGAGUGGCUCAUGUCAAAGUUGAACAUGCGAAAGACCAAGCUGGUCCUGGUCGCGUAUGCUGGUGAUGAUAAUCAGCUGAACUCUGUACGCCCCUCCACCCUUCAGCUUGAGACUGCUGGUCACUCCCCGACUGACCUCCAUCUUCAGAAGGCGGAGAUGCGAGCCAAUGUCCCGUCUAGUAUCCGAUUCUGCUUCCCACCCAUGCACGGCGGCACCUGCAUGCACUCGAAGCUCCAGCUUCUGAAGUACCCUACUUACCUGCGCGUCGUCGUGCCCACAGGGAAUCUUGUUCCCUACGACUGGGGCGAGACUGGCGUGAUGGAGAACAUGGUCUUCAUCAUCGAUCUCCCACGUAUCAAGGAUGCCGAUAAGCGAAACGGCGAUCAUCUGACGCCCUUUGGUGAAGAGCUAGCCUACUUCCUCAACGCUCAGGGAUUGGACGAGAGUCUUGUCCAUAGCCUUCGCAACUAUGACUUUAGCGAGACGAAGCGUUACGGCUUCGUCCACACCAUCGCGGGGUCGCAUUACGACGGUGCUUGGCAGCGAACAGGCGAUUCGGGCAUGGCCGAGUACCAGUCCAGAACGAACAAGUCGAAAAAGGCCAAGAGUACCACGUCGUCAGACGACAGGCCAAGUCUUGUCAAGAGCCGGAUGCGAAUCUAUUUCCCAUCACUUAGCACGGUGGAGAACAGCCGCGGAGGCAAAGGUGCUGCAGGUACCAUUCACUUCCAGUCCAAGUGGUGGAACGCGCCGACCUUUCCUCGCGAGGUACUGCGGGAUCUCGAGAACGUCAGGAAGGGCCUCUUGAUGCAUAGCAAGAUCAUGUUCGUCCGGCCAGAGUCGAAGCCUGAGGCAUCCUGGGUCUACGUGGGCAGUGCCAACAUGUCAGAAAGCGCCUGGGGCCGCCUGGUCAAGGAGCAAGGAUCGGGCAGACCAAAGCUGAACUGUCGCAAUUGGGAAUGCGGAGUUCUGCUCCCCACGACGGCCUCUAAUUCGUCGUCGCUGGCCAAUGCCUCGGUUCCGGACGAGGGGGCCUCGAUGCUGGAUAUCUUUCGAGAGGUGGUGCCCAUUCCAGUGAAGCUUCCCGGAACGGCGUAUCAAGAGGACGGCGGAAGACGGCCCUGGUUUUCCCAUGACUGGCAAUGA